AUGCUUCCAACUCCCCUUGAAGCGCCACGGGCGCCAUCCGAGCCAGCCCCUGUCAACGCGCCCGGUCCGAUUGUCGUCGAUAACUUUGAGAAUGACACCAACAGUGAAUUCGACGAUGAGCUGUCCGAUCUCACUUCCCUGUCGUCCAGUGUGCUCGAGUUUGAGUAUGAAAAUGGCCGACGGUACUGCAGUAACCGCUCAGGCAAUUAUAUGAUGCCAAAUGAUGAAGAGGAGCAAGAUCGAAUGGAUAUAACACACCACAUAUGGCUGAUGCUCAUGGGAGGCGAGCUCUACAAUGCCCCUAUAUCAUCAUCACCACGGAACAUUCUUGACCUGGGAACCGGAACAGGCAUCUGGGCCAUGGACAUGGCCGAGAAAUUCCCCAACGCCCGUGUCGUUGGGAAUGACAUCAGCCCGAUCCAGCCCAGCUGGGUGGCCCCAAAUAUCGAGUUCAUCGUGGAGGAUUUCGAAAGCGAAUGGCUGUACGAUCGAAACCACUUUGACUUUGUCCAUGCACGAUGCCUGGCAGGAUGCGUAGCCGACUGGCCCGCGUUUAUCCAACGGAUCUACGACCACGUCAAACCGGGCGGCUAUUUCGAAUCACACGAGAGUGCCGUCUGGGCCCAGAGCGACGACGGCUCGCUCAAGGAAGAUUCGCCGCUGAUGGAAUGGCAGCAGGCGAUCAACUUCGCCGGCGCCAAGAUCGGCCGCGAGCUGAAUAUCUACCACAAACUGAAGGGCUGGAUGAUCGAAGCCGGCUUCGAGGAUGUGCACGCGUCGGUCUACGCGCUGCCGUUCUCGCCCUGGCCGCGCGAUCCCCAUCUCAAGGCCCUGGGGAAAUACCAGGCGGUGCAGUUGCAGCAGGCCAUCGAUUCUUAUUCCCUGCGCUUGAUCACCCACGUGCUGGGGUGGAGUUCGGAUGUGGCCAAGAUUCAUAAUGCUUUGGUCAAACAGCAGCUGCGCGAUAAGAAGUUGCAUGCCUAUGUUCAAACGUAUAGUCCACCUCCAUCAAUGAUUUAA